AUGAAAAAACAAGAAACGAAUCAAACUGAUCUGAAAACUCCAAAAUCUAUUGCAGAUCAAGAUCCAACAAAUUCCACAAGUCAAUCAUCACUUAGACCUUCAAUAACUACAAGUAAUGAAAUAUCAAUUACAGACGAUACUCUCUCAUCAAUUGAUGUGGAUGGUUCAGAUGAUGAAGUUAUUUCACUAGAUGUAUUAUCUGAAAGAGGACGAUUCCUAAACCUUUUAAAGAUUAUUAUCAGAUAUAAGGUUAUUGAAAUAUCAUACAUUAUCUUUUGGGGAAUUGUAACUUAUAUUGCAUUGAGUGCGAGAAUAUUUCUCUCCCCUGCAGAUACACUCAUUGAACCAAUUUUUAAUUCUUCAUGGAAAUCAUUAGAAACUUAUUGCAAUUAUACGGCUAGAGUUGAUAAUAAUUUAUAUACCUUGAUAAUUUCUGCUAUAUUAUUCUUAAUAGUUCCAAUAUUUCUCACAGUUGACUGUUUCGUUUCCCUUAUAAAAUAUUUCAGACUAAGAAGGGAAAAUAAGGAAAAGGGAAUCAAGACUGAGAAUUUCCUUGUGUAUCACUUUUAUGAAACAGAUCCAUUUGUAUACAGAUCAGAAUCUUUACUUCGUUUCAUAUUUGACGUUAUUGCUUUAAUUAUUUACUUGGUUCUUAGCUCAACGAUCAAUACUGAUGGUACAGUGGGAGGAACAAUUUCAUCACUUGUAAUUACAAUUUUACUUCACUUUUUUGGAGGAACUUUCAGUAAUCCUGGUGUGACCAUUUACAAAACCUAUCACAAUUUCAUUCGCAUGAAGAAGAAGAGUAAGAAUGCACUCAUGCCCUCUCAACAAAUUCAAAAUCUUCAAGAGUUAAUGUCCUCUCCAGUGAGUUCCUUCUCAAUUGAUUAUGUCAUUUCACGAAGAGUGGAAAGAGAAUUUUUCCAUGAAUUUCUUAAAAAGGAAUUCUCAGUGGAAAAUUUACUUUUCGCUGAAGAUUUACAAAAAUUGAGAAAUAUUAAUGAAAGACAUGCAAGAUCCAAAGUUUCCAAAGUCAAGGAAAUGGUCAAACUAUACCUUUCAGAUAAUAGUUCAGUUUUUGAAGUGAAUAUUCCAUCAAAAAUCAUUCAUGCAGAAUUGAAAGAUUUUAGAGAGCUCACUCAAUUAAUGAAUCAACAUGGAAUUCAAUUAAACAGCAUUCCAAAAAGUAUCAAGGAAAAGAGCUCAACAAGAUAUUUUCCUCAAAUAGAUUCCACCAUUGAAGAUCAAGUUCGAAAGCUCAUUGAAAAUUUGUCAAAAUCUGACGUUUUCUCAACACUCAACAUUGAAAUUUACAAAAAUUUGAUGGAUUCUUUCUAUAGAUUUAAACAUUCUAGAAAGUGGAUUGAAUUUGUCAAGACAAAUAAGGUUCAAAUUUAA